GCCGGGGGGUGGUGGUGGUGGUGGUGCGGUGCAGUCGGCCUGUCCCGCUUCCCAAAGGGCUAUCGAUGCAGCAGCGGCGGCGGCAGCUCGGGGAGGCGGUGGAGGGGAACCUGAGGAGGGACCUGGUGGCCGCCGACCUCAAGUGCAGCCUCUUCGUCUCCGCCCUGCAGAGCUACCGGCGGGACUCGGUGCUCAGGCCCUUCCCCUCCGCCUACAUCAGCCGCGACAGCAAGGACUUCGAUGCUCUGCUUGCCGAUGCCCAGGACCUGCCAAACUUAAAACAGCUGCUGCAUUCUGGUAUUGUCCCACGUGAUAGAACCCUGGAACUUCUAAGCUGGGUCUGUUUGUCAAAAAAUCUGAGCAUCAAAAGCCUGCCAAAGGAAGAGUAUGAAGAAAUCCAGGAACUCACCAGGAUCACCGCAUCUACUGCUGCUGUCCCUGACUACCUGUUUGAGAUCAUCUACUGUGAUCAGAUGAAUGCCAAGUUUGAGGAAACCAAGGGAGACCAAGGUGUUAUCUAUGCAUUUCACGGAAGCCGGCUUGAGAACUUUUAUUCCAUCGUUCACAGUGGCCUGCAGUGUCACCUCAACAAGACUUCUCUUUUUGGUGAAGGAACCUACCUGACCAGUGAUCUGAGUUUGGCACUUCUCUACAGCCCUCAUGGUAACGGAUGGCACCAGAGCCUAUUGGGACCCCUCCUUAGCUGUGUCGCUGUUUGUGAGAUAAUUGACCAUCCAGAUGUUAAGUGUCAAGUGAAAGGAAAAGAUGCAGGCGGCAUUGACAGAAGAAGAGCGAGGGUGAAAAACAGCGAAGGGGGUGAUGUCCCACAAAAAUACUUUGUGGUCACAAAUAACCAGCUUCUAAGAGUGAAAUAUCUGUUAAUUUAUUCUGAAAAACUCCAUCGAAGAAGAGCCACAAAGCGACCCUCUUGGAUCUCCCGGCAUCGUUUCAUAGUCAUGAUGAUGAUGUAUUUGUUGCUCCUGAUCAUUAUCGGUGCCUGUAACUCGCCAGCCUUCCAGUUUUACUGGAAUCGACUCCUCGAGUCAAAGAGAUGAACUUAUUCCCGCAGCUUUGUCUGCUGACUUGAGACUUUUUCAUGCACUGCUGUCUCCACCUGAUGCCUUAGAUACCACUGUUCCAGAAAGGUGCGUGCGUGGACCAAUAAUAACUUACCAAAUUCUGUUGACAAAUUCUUGUGCCAAGAACAUUAUCGAUUUGUAUUUCCAGCCCCACAGCUGUUCUGCUCCCAACUUUUACGCUGCACUUAGUUCGAAAUAGAUGAAGUACCACCACAAUUCCAGGGCAUUUUUAGUACUUUUCUGUAUUUUAACGUUUCAGGACUAAUUGUGCUGGGAAAUGGAACUCUUUUCUCCCCAGCUUUCCGUCAGGUACUAAUACUAUACUAAACAUGAUUCAGGCAUAGGAUCAUGUAUCUUUUGCACUUCGACUACCAGCCUUGGCGGUAACUUAACUUGGAAGACAACUCUCAGAUCCAAAUGGCACACCUAUAGUUUUGGGAGUUUAUCUGUUACUGACUGUCACUUCAUUGCUUUCUGGCCUAGGACAGCCUUUGGAGAGAGGAGAGACCACUGCAGCCCAAGAUAAGGACAGUGUCUGGGCCUUCAACUGUAGCCUCUCAGUUGUACGACGCACCUUGUGUUGACAAAUAUUUCUACAGGAAUAGCUAAGGUGUUUUUGCUUCGUCUGUUCUUCGCAAUGUCUGCAUGAAAUGUAACAGGUACUCUGCUGUUAAAGCAGAAGCACUAACUCACUAUCGGUCUUUCUGUUGUUUGUUUUGUCACUGCUACUUUCUAAACCUCAAAUGUAACACAAACACGUGUUGUGAGUAAAUAAAGUGAGGGUGCAGUGUGAAA